AUGAGCACGGGCGACGAGCUCUCCGCCAUGUCAACUGGCGACUCGGAGAGCAGCCUAAUGCCGAGCAGCGUCAGCACCGUAACGGCUAGCAACCCAACCAAUACCGACGACGACACUUAUCCAGACGAAAUUAUUCCCGUUAUCUCCUGCUGCAUUCUAAUCCUGUUCAUCCUCAUGAUCAUCCUACUUCUCCUUAUCUCCAACGUCUACGUCAACACAAUGCACGUGACGUACCGCCCGGGCAGCCGUGUGCCAACUCCAACAAGUACCGGCAAGCCAUCAACGCGAGGACCACCGGGAACAACUGCUAGGCCCACAGUGACGCCAUACGACUCGCAGCACUACCACAAGUACGACCACAAGCACGACCAAAAGCACGACCACAACCACGACCACAACCACGACCACAACCACGACCACAACCACGACCACAACUACGACCACAAGUACGACCACAAGUACGACCACAAGUACGACUACAAGUACGACCACGACAACAACGACAACGACCACGACAACAACCACGACAACAACAACGACAACAACGACAACGACCACGACAACAACCACGACAACAACCACAACAACCACGACCACGCGUAA